UUUCAGCAACCCAAGUUGCAGAGGGAGAGAGAGAGAGAGAAAAUUCCCCUUUUCCUUUUCUCUUUUUGUCCUCCUCUUUUUAAAGGAGAGAGUGAAAGAAGAGCAAAGCAAACGAAGAAAAAAAUCGAAGCAAUCAUCAAUUUCAUUGCCUUCUUCAUUUCAAUGUUUGACUAGUAUAGCUAGUCUUCUCCAGAGAGCUCCCUUCAGUCUUAUUCAAAGCUAAACAAAAAAAUAUCAAAAAGUUACCAUCUUUUUCCUGUUGUUUUUCACCUUUUAUGGCGCGAAUUUCCAAAUUAGCGGGAAACAACGGUAUAUUCUAAGAUUCUGGGAAGUGGGUUUUGUUCUUCAAUGGCUGCAAGUGCAAACCCAUCUGGGAAUCAAGAAGGGAACCAUGGAGGGUCUGCUUUCAACGGUGUUGGUAACACCAGCAAUGGGAAUUCAGCUUCGGCAGCUGCGGAAAACAAUACGGGAGGCACGCAGACCUUGAAACACAACCCGGGGAUCUCUGUCGAAUGGACCCCGGAGGAGCAGACCAUCUUGGACGAGGGUCUUAGCAAGUUUUCUUCUGAAUCGAACAUUGUUCGCUAUGCAAAAAUUGCAAUGCAGUUGCACGAUAAGACAGUUCGGGAUGUGGCACUGAGGUGCAGAUGGAUGAGCAAAAAGGAAAGUGGAAAGAGAAGGAAAGAUGAACAUAUGGCUAGGAAAAACAAGGAGAAAAAGGAAAAAGUUUUGGAUCCUUCCGCAAAACCAUCGACACACAUGGUAGCACGGCCCAAUGUCCCUCCAUAUGCUCUCCCAAUGCCCCCUAUGGACAACGAUGAUGGCAUUUCAUUUAAAGCGAUUGGAGGUGCAACAGGACAGCUGCUAGAGCAAAAUGCACAGGUCUUCAAUCAAAUAUCUGCGAAUUUCACAGCGUAUCAGAUACAGGAAAACAUCAGUCUCUUCUGCCAAACUCGGGAUAAUAUUCUCAGCAUCCUAAAUGAGUUGAACGACAUGCCGGGGGUAAUGAAGCACAUGCCGCCACUUCCAGUGAAGUUGAACGAAGAGCUUGCCAACACCAUCCUCCCGAGGCCGCCCAUGCCAAUGCAAUCCUGAACUCUUUUGACGCCACCAAUUGCAUCAGUGCUUCCCACAUCACCCAUUCCUCACAGCAUGGGACCACCCCUCACACAGGAGAAUAAUUCCAUUGAUCCGAUUAGCCAGGUCCACUUUUCGAUCCUCAGAAUAAUCAGAAAAAAAAAAAAGAAAAAAAAAAAGCAUUAGUUAUUAGUUGUCCAUUUCAUCAUAUGUAGAUACUAUUUAAUGAACUAUUUUGUGCAGUAUAUAGAUGGUAUUUAGAAUCAGGUAGUUUUAGAAGGAAAGGAAAACACUAGUUUUAGUUUAUUUUUCUUGUAUGAAGGCCUUUUGAGUACACGAGCUAUGAUCCAGUAGGAAUUCCUUGUA